AGGGGGAUGCCCCUGGCACAACUAAGACCUUCUCAUAGAGAUGCUGCAGUUGGUGCCUUUGAAAAAGCCUGGAUGCUAAUACACAGUGAAUUAUAAGAAGGGGUGGGGCGGCAGAUUCCAGAAUUGGGGCCAAAGAAACCCCCAAAGACGCCUACUUGCGAGCCACACCCCGGAAUGGAGAGAUCCACGGAAAUACCAAUUACUUUUUGAAAGGUCCCCAGGCAGAAAUGAAAUACUUUGGACAGGAGAAGUAACAAGGAUUUUGCAUACCUGACAGACAAAAAUUGAUUCCUGAGGAUUAGACAGACCUUCAAGCUGCCAGACCAAGAAUAACCCUAUGGGCUGGCAGGCACUGUUGUCACCCCAACAUUGCUUUUAUUGAUUCUCAGUACCAAUCCAGUACCAGGAUCCUUGGCACCCAUUGGAAGGAGGGCUUCAGGAUCUCUUAACGGGCAAUGUAUCCCCACCUGCUGGCAUUCUCUAAAGCCACUUAGAUCAGCUCAAGAAGUUCUGGGUCACAAUCCUCUUCACAGAGGGAAAAGGUCUUUUGGUGAACCUUGAGACUCAAGAGUCUGGCUGUACCUCAUUCCCGACUCCUGCUGUCCUCACAGAUUUUCCUCAGAAGAAACACCAGGUGAAGUGAGUUCCUGAGGGCUGGUGACUGCUGAUGCCAGAUCAUCAGCCUCCCCCUCCUAAGGCUGUCUCCUAGCUUGAGGGUUUGCCUGGCAGCGAUGUUGCAGUGUAAGCAUGCUGAGGAGUUCAGUUUCGGUCCCCGGGCCCUAAAGGAUGCCCUCAUCUCCACCAACCCUGUCCUGCAGGAACUCUAUGCUAAGGCUUUUUCCACCACUGAGAGGUUUUUCCUCUCUGAAGCAUACAACCCACAGAGGACCCUCUUCUGUACAUUGGUCAUCAGAACGGCCUUUGACUGGCUCCUAAGCCACCCUGAUGCCCCAGAGGACUUUGAGACUUUCUACCACUCUCUUGGAAGGAGGAAACAAAGCACAUGUCGGAAGCAUAUUUACCUACAGCCAAUAGAGCUAAGCGAAGGACCUGUGGGGAGUUCCCUCCUGGACUGUCUCCGGGGAUUCAUGGAAUCUUUCUUCCUGGGGCUUCGGGUAAAGUGCCUUCCCUCCGUACCAAUCUCUUCCAUCCACUGCUGCUUCCGUCAUAAUCGGGACUCUGACAGGAUCCAGCUCCAUGCGGAUAGCAUUUUGACCUUCCUGAAAAACAGUAAACCUAAGGAUGCCCUGUGUGUGCUGGGCCUCACACUCAUGGACCUGUACCCCUGUGAAAACUGGAGCUUCACUUUUGGCAAAACCCUUCCAGGACAAGAAGUAGGAGUGUGCAGCUUUGCCAGGUUUUCAGCAGAUUUCUGCCAGGCUCCAGGAGCUGAGGAGAUGCCAGACAUCACCCUGAAGGUACCUGAGAUAACCCUGAGGGACAGAAAUCGGACAUUCUUCUUCAGCAUUCUGGAGAUGCUCCAGUGUUGCAAGGUCACAUGUCAUGAGAUCUGCCACCUGAUUGGCUUGGGAAAUUGCCGCUGGCUGAGCUGCAUUAUGCAGGGAGCCCUGAGUUUGGAUGAGGCCCUCCUCCGGCCCCUGGAGCUUUGCCCGAUCUGCCUUCGGAAGCUGCAGUAUUUCACUGGAUUCAAGCUGAUUGAGAGAUACAAGAUGAGGAGAUGCCAGGAAGCAGUUGAAAAUGAGCGACUGAAGCUUGGAAGAGGUUGGGGCUUCAUCUACAGAGAGCAACUCUAUGCUUGGAUUCAAACUGUGGCUGUGACGAGGCCCAGUCGGGAGGCAGGAGACUUGUCUAUGUCUGAGGAUGUCCUCCCCUUCAGCUCAGACUCAGGAAUGGGCUGUGAGAAUGACUCUGAGGCAGUCACGAGCCUGUCAGAGCCCCUCACCCCAGACACAUGCAGUCAUGCUUUCUCCAUUGGGCAGGAGCUGGAGCCUGAGGAGGGAAUGUGCUCCCUGGCAGACCUGGACAGCCAGCAACAGCUAGGAGACCUUUCUGGCUCCUCAGAUAUCAUCAAAGAGCAUGAACUCUGGCUGGCAACUUGCAUCUCUGCCCUGGAGAGGGAUGUCUCAGAAGAAGAGCUGGCUGAAAUAGAUGGGGCUGUGGACGCCCUCGCAAGGUGGGAGAUGUUCACAGGGCAACUCCCAACCCCCAGAAAGGACUUGCCUCUCAGCAGAGACACUGCAGGGCUACGAAAAGUCCUGGGGGACAAAUUCUCCUCCUUAAGGCGGAAGCUGAGCACAAGAAAACUGUCUAAAGCUGAAACCUCCCCUUGUCGAUGGAACUGGGAAGACAAUUAGUAUAGCAAUACCAAGCCUACCUUUCUUGACUCCUUUUUGUUCAGGGUAGAAAAAAAUUGUCUUUUCCAUUCGUCUUUCCCUUUUCCCUCUUCAGCUCCAUUAUAUUUAUAAGCAAAAUUGAGUUGAAAAGUAACCAAGGACCGUAUGGAUGUAUCAGUGGGAGGCCUUCCCGCCCCACAAAUGCCUAUUUUUAUUAGAUUACUGAAUAGGAUUUAGUUUCUACCAUUUCCUUUACAGAAUCACAGAUCAAUAUUAGAAGGAACUCAGAGACCAUCUAAUCCAACUUCUACUCAUAUUAAGAAUCCUUCAUCCAUCCCCGAUUAGCCUUUGCUUAAAAAACUCCAAGUGAGGGGAAACCCAUUACCUCCCAUGGCAGCCAUUCCAAGGUGGUGGAAUCACUUUGGGAUGGUUCUAAUAGUAAGGAAGUUUUAAUCUCCCUGAUUUAUUUCUGUCCACCUUUCCUCCCUACUUCCCAAAAUCCCAACCCUAGACCUCAGAUAUCCUGAGAGCUCCAGAUACUGAGCUGAGGUCCAGUGAGGUAACAUGUAAAGCGCCUUGUAGACCUUAAAGUGCUAUAUAAAUGCCAUUAUUUUUGUUAUUAUUGUUGUUGUUGUAAUUGUAACUGGAUGCCAUAGGGGAUGAAGAGAGUUCUUGUGUUCCAAGCUUCUUGAAAUGUUUGUGGCUUCCUAAACAAACGUGUCUGAGCAAGGAGCAGGGAUGACAAAUCUUAUCGUCUAUCUUUCUGCGCCUAAGGUGCUGACCUACAAUGGGUCAACGUUCACAUUAACUUCGAGGAGAAACCAUAUCUGCUCUCCAUAUCUGGGGCUCCUUCUUCUGGGAAUCUGGAAUCUCUUUGAGGGGUGGGACAUGGGUCCCUCUCCCCUAUUGCCAGCAGAGGGACCUGCGCCUGCAGCAAUUGAAGGAAGGAAGUGGUUCAGUCAAUCUCUCAUUCCAGGCUGAGAUUUUAGUGCCCACUGGUCUCUUUAGUUAUUUAUAUCUAGCAGCUCAAGAGGCUGAUAGAAUUUCAGGCAAGGGAGUAACAGAGGGAAUACACUGGCUCCCUCCAGUAGCAAACUGAUUUGGCAUUCCAAGGCUGAUAAUAGACAUCUCCACUCCCACGAAAGGGGAAACUUCAGAUUUUUUCCUUAUCUAUGCUGCCUCCCUCUGUAAAGCAAAGCCAGUCUUAAUGAUCAAGACUUCAAUGGCAAUUACAUCAAUAAAAGUAUGUAAUAAUGUUCACCCCACAUAAAUCCAUGUGGUCUUAC